AUGUCCCUCUCGGACAGGCGCAUGACAGGAGACGGGUCGUUGUUUGUGCCAAAGGGGCUGCCUACUGUCGUUGGCACUGCCAGAGCCAACCUCAACUACACCACGUACGAGGGCCUACGUCUGUCCAACGGUGUGAAUUCUUUCCGGGGCAUGCGAUAUGCCGCACCACCACUUGGUAAUCUGAGAUGGAAAGCCCCAGUUGAACCUGCCCCAGUGCCGACGGGGACCGUGGAAAAGGCUAUGGCGUAUGGGCCAAUAUGCCUCGGAAACGGCGUGACGUAUCCCGCGCAUGGGCAGAGUGAAGAUUGUCUGUUUGUGAAUGUCUGGGCACCGACGAAUGCCACCGAGAAGUCUAAACUGCCUGUGAUACGGGCCACAACGCCCAACGCCAACUGGGAUGGCAACGAAGUCGUCCAACGGUCUGACCACAACAUUGUCAUGGUCAACUUCAACUACCGGGUCGGCCUCUGGGGAUUUCUUGCGAGCGAACGGGUGAGGGAGGACGGGGAUCUGAACGCGGGUUUGUUGGACCAGCGGAUGCUUAUGGCGUGGGUAAAGAGACAUAUUGCUUCAUUUGGGGGAGACCCCGACCACGUUGUCAUCCACGGCGCCUCUGCCGGGGCCGGUUCUGUGGCCACGCACCUGGUAGCCUACGGUGGGCGCAACGACAAUCUCUUUGUGGGAGCCAUGUCACAGGCCAACUUCUUCCCAGCCCAGCCCUUUGUCGAGGAACUCGAGUACCAGUUUGACCGGGUGGUCAGGCAAACAGGCUGUGGCCAACUGCAUCCGUCCCAGCAGAUGGCUUGUCUCCGGGGCAAGGACGUUGCCGUGUUACAAGCUGCCAACUAUGCACAGCCGUUCCCUGGGCGUCCAGAUCCGCCUGUUCCGCUAUUCUACUGGACCCCGUGUGUUGACGGAGACCUCCUCCGCGAUCUCCCCUAUCGGUUAUUUGAAAAGGGACACUUCAUCGACGUGCCAGUGAUGUUCGGGACAUCCACAAACGGUGCGUCCUCUCAACUCUACCCCCCCCAUUAA